UCUCUCCUGGAAACAGUGAAAAUUGCACUUGGAUCUGCGGACGCAGAUGUCAUGUGUGAACUCGCAUGCUCUUCUUGCAGAACUGCCGACCUCGGUUAAUAAAAACAAGCGUGCUGUACACGUCGUCUUCUGGAAUGCUUUUACACACCGUUGAUGGCGCAGCUAAACUUUUGCUGAGGAUCUUGUGUUUUAAAUAAAUGUUUAUGUUUGUAUCUUCAUGACUGCAUUCAGAAGAGAUUCGCCACCAUGCGAGCACAAAUUGAAGUUAUACCGUGUAAAAUCUGUGGAGAUAAAUCAUCAGGAAUUCAUUACGGCGUCAUAACAUGUGAAGGUUGUAAGGGAUUCUUCCGAAGGAGCCAACAGAACAAUGCCUCCUACUCCUGUCCUCGCCAGAGGAAUUGUUUAAUUGACAGAACAAACAGAAAUCGAUGCCAGCAUUGCCGACUGCAAAAGUGUCUUGCCCUUGGAAUGUCUCGAGAUGCCGUGAAGUUUGGGAGGAUGUCCAAGAAGCAGAGGGACAGCUUGUAUGCCGAGGUGCAGAAGCACCAGCAGAGGCUGCAAGAGCAGCGGCAGCAGCAGAACGGAGAGGCCGAGGCACUUGCCCGCGUCUAUACCAGCAGCAUCAGCAACGGUCUCAGCAACCUCAACAAUGAGAUCGGGGGGACGUACUCCAAUGGACACAUAAUUGACCUGCCAAAAACUGAAGGGGGCACUGGUUUCUACAGCAUGGAUUCUACACAGCCCUCUCCGGAUCAGUCAGGGAUGGACAUGGCUGGGAUCAAGCCAAUCAAGCAGGAGCCUAUAUAUGACCUGACGCCUGUACCAAACUUGUUUACAUACAGCUCUUUCACAGAUGGGCAACUAGCCCCCGGUGUGACGAUAACUGAAAUAGAUCGAAUUGCUCAGAAUAUUAUUAAAUCCCAUCUGGAGACAUGUCAGUACACUGUGGAGGAAUUGCAGCAAUUGGCAUGGCAGACCCACACCUAUGAAGAAAUUAAAAUGUAUCAGAAUAAGACACGUGAAGUCUUGUGGCAGCAAUGUGCAAUCCAGAUCACACAUGCCAUUCAGUACGUGGUUGAAUUUGCCAAACGGAUAACAGGCUUUAUGGAAUUGUGUCAGAAUGAUCAGAUUCUUCUCCUUAAAUCAGGUUGUCUUGAAGUUGUGUUGGUGAGAAUGUGUCGUGCCUUCAACCCACUGAACAACACUGUGCUUUUUGAGGGAAAAUAUGGAGGAAUGCAGAUGUUUAAAGCUCUAGGAUCAGAUGAUCUAGUCAGUGCAGCUUUUGACUUUGCUAAGAGUCUGUGUUCCCUUCAACUCACAGAAGAGGAAAUUGCUUUGUUCUCAGCAGCAGUCUUGAUAUCAACUGAUCGUCCAUGGCUGGUGGAGCCUAGGAAAGUACAGAAACUGCAGGAGAAAAUAUACUUUGCGCUGCAACAUGUGAUGCAGAAGAACCACUUGGAUGAGGAUUCGUUAGCCAAGCUGGUUGCCAGGAUCCCAACAUUAUCAGCACUUUGCACCCUGCAUACAGAGGAGUUACAGGCUUUUAAGCAGUUACAUCCUGAAACUGUCAACAUGCUCUUUCCUCCAUUAUAUAAGGAGCUUUUUAAUCCAGACUCUUCAACAGGGCCCAAGUGACUAGAGGCCCCAACAUACUGUAGCUACUGGAGUGGCUCUCAGAUAAAGCAAUCUGUGAAUGGAGAAUAAACUAUAAUCAUCACUACUGCAACACUAGGAAUGUCCCGCACUUACUACAGUUUUAUUCACCGAUACAGUUUAAAGAAUGUAAAUAUGCACCUAUUAUAAGGGGCUUUUCAGAACUGACCAGAAAUGUACAGACUUAGAAAAUUGUAAGUUGUCUUUUUUCGGGUAAGUUUAUUUUGUUCAUAUUUUGUUUUUUUACCUGUGUAAGGGGAGGAGUGAAAAUGUUUCUGAAAAUGUUUGUACAGUAGAUACGCAGUACACAAGAGCAGAGCAGAACAUUACAGUAUUAAUACCUGUUCUGUUUAGAUUUUAGUUGUAAUUUAAGACAAAAUCAGCCUAGAGGGCUAAUGAUUUGUUUGUGUUUUCAGUAAUUGUACUGUAUGCGUACAGAAUUUGUAAAGUAUUGGGUGUGUAAAAAUUUUGUGAUAUAACAGGAAAGGCAGAAUUACAGUAGGUUGUUACAUUUUAGUAAAGCCUUGUCUGGAUUGUUUUAGAACUGUUCAUGAAAAAUAGUUCUUCAGAUGAUUAAAACUGAAUUUCUCCUUAAACAUACAGUAUGAAAGUAUGUUUUGAGUAAAUAAUCUGAGUUGACAGAUUCACCAUUCUUUCAAAUGUUUUGUAUUGCUGUAAAGUCAGUAAUAACUGAACUCCUUUCAAGAUGAAGAUUUUAUUGUUACCUGUUGUAAAAGUUUAUCUGAAGAUUUGCCAUUCUUAAUACUUCUUAAAACUGCACUAGAACUAUAGCUUUACAAUCCUGUGUGGGGUGGUUCUGUUUAUAAAACAUCAAGACUGCAGUAUUGAAGACAUUUUGCACAUUUUUCCUAUAAAACUCUAUAUAAGGCUGGUACAAUGAAGGAUUCUCAUAAACACAGCAAUAAUUACUUUUACAAUAUUCUCUGUAAAAUUGUAAAAAAUGUCCUAUGAACAGGGCAUUGUUGUAUUAACACUAUAUGCUAUGCGAAUUGUAAAAUGCAAUACAAUUAUUUUGCAAAAAAUGCAAAAUGUAUAUUUUGCUUAAAAAUAUUGAAAGCUUACUUCUCCAUUGUUCAGUUUCUUUCUCAUUAAAACCAUCUUUAUCGUUUCUUAUUUUAAUUACAAAGGGUUCAGCGUCAGAUUUCCCAAAAUCUCUUCACUCCUUCACGCAUUUUCAUGCACUUUUCAGGAUGUUUAGAGAUUUCCAACUUUUAGAUAUUAUCCUUUGCCUUAUUUUGGCAAACAUUAUAAGGUCAUAGAUAAGACUCCUCAAUUAACAACCUGAAAUACAACAUAGUAGAACUUAAUCAACUGUGACACAACAGUAAGUAGAGCAGGUGGAAGCUGUACAAAAUAUAUUUUAGUGUUUUUGAAAAAAUCUACAUAUUUCAUUUCAUUUAAGUUAUUACCCACAUUAGAUAUACAGAACUCAAUACACAGAUAUACAGAAUAGAUCAACUCAAUUUUUUAUUUCUUUUCCAAUUCUUGAAUCAAACAUAUUUGAUCAUGGGGUGGUACACUGUUGGUUAGCUGGUUUUAAUGGGUUAGGGGACGUAAUGUGUUACAAAGCAUAAGGAAGUUGUCUUUUCUACUGUGUGUUGUAGAUUUCAUUUAACAAGGCACAAUCUUUUAGCAAUCUGGGAUUUUAUUGAAAAGACAUUAAUCAGCCUCAAGGUUUUGAAUCACAUAACAAUCAGCAGCUCUAAAGCUAGAUUACAGGGUAUUUUCAAGUAAUUCCAAUGAAACAGUUUCCAGUGUUGAUUUUUAUUUUCUAGCAAGUUGUGAUAGACAAUCAUUUUUCAUGGGGUACGGUAGCAUUUAUCUGAGCCUUUCUGCAUGUUUAUCCAUAAUGUAAAUAACAUGCCCUAAUUUACUGGUUAUGGUUAGUCUUUUUUGUUUAAUUUAUUUUGACUACUCAGGGUUUUUUUUUAAGCUAGUCACAUUGCCUUUUUAUCUGUUGCCAAGGAAAAUCUGGUUUUAAUUCAGAUUUGAACCUGAGCAAAUGUAGAUUUUGUUUUUAAAUUCGUAAUGUACAAAUCAGCUGUGAUCAUAAAGUAGUGUAUUUUUGAUAAUUGCUUUUUCUUAUUUGCUCCACUAGGUGGAGGCAUUUUUAAGUAAAUGACCAAAACCAUCCACACAUAAUGUGAACAGGGUGCCAACAUCUUAUUUGCUCUCAGAAGUUGUAUUUUUCAGUUUCACAGUGUGUAUCUGUACAAGUAUGUGUGUACCUGUUUCGUAUUUAUUCACCCAUCCUUUAAAAUUUCUAUGUUAUUAUUGCAUGUAUUAUUACAACAAAUUGGCUAUGAAUAGUAUCACAAAAUCACCCAUGUUUAGUAUCUUGGUACAAGAAAUAGAAGCACUUUAAGAACCUUUUAAAAUUACAUUUCUCAGACUGCCUCUGUGAUUUAACAUCUAUUGUAAAUUUCAGCUUGAUAAUCAGUUCUGCUUUUCAUAAUUUAAUAAAAAAGAAAUUAAACAGCAAAAGGAAGUACUUUCAUACGUUCAUUGCGCUUUUCUUAUUUUUCUUUUUAAAACCCUACAGAAUGGACAUUUUGCACUACUGAUGAUCUAUGUCUCUAGGUAAUUCCUAAAGUUUUUGUACAGUCAUGGUUUCUUACUAAAUUUUAUUUCCUUAUUGCACAAGUUGAAGUUAUGUAUGAAAGAAUUUUAUUAAAAUGAUUUAGCAGUGGAAAUUAAGAUUUAGUUUCAUGGUAGAAUUGUAAGAAUAAUGUAUAUUUUGAGUGGAAAGAGUGAAAAUAUUUUUCAAUCCAUUUUUUUUUUGCCGGCACUUUGUUAACAAUUGAGUAUCUGACUCCUCUUUCUUAAUCCUAUAUAAAAAAAUGAGAUGUUGCAGGAACAUCUACAGAUACCUUAGAUGCUGACAAAUUUUACCUAAACAGAUUAAAUAGUAUAUUUAACAAAAAAAAAACGUCUACCUGCAUCAAAAUAAAUAUUUUGGCCACAGAAAUAUUUUCUUAAAUACUAUCUAUUCCAUAAGUUGUUUGAACAGGCCUGUAUGUAAUGGAUGAUUUUUAAAGGUAUAAGGAAUAAGUGUUUAUGCUAAAUAUAACAGCAGUGUUGUCUAUAUUUUGUAUCAAGAAAGACAUAUGAAAGUGGUAAAGUAUUUUUUUUUGUUUUGUUGUGAAUGAGCAUUAGAACAAAAACGGAUGUGGACAUUUAUUUCAGUAAGUACAUGAGACUUUACAGUAAAUAUCCAGUACUGACAAUUGCAAAUACUUUAGGCAUUUAUUUACAGUUUCACUUCAAGUAAAAUAAUGGAGGAAUGCUUCCACAUAUACUCAUAUUCAACUUUACUGUUACUGAGACGUUAAUAAAGAACAAAGUAGUAAUUUUAAGACUAACAUUGUUAUGCAUUCAUUUAUAUUUUUUGUACUGAAGAAUGUAUGUAGCCCAGCUGCAUCUCACUGCCAUGAAGCAAGACACAAUUUUUAAAUGGAUACACCAGAAAGGAUUUUACAUGCUUACAAUGCUCUACUUACUUUUGACCAUUAUCAUUCACAUGUCAAAGACAAUCAUGUAUAGACAAGCAUUUUAACUGUAUCUUCCUCAGGGAUGUUUUUGGUGUAUAAAAAGAGAAAAUAAUCUAUAACUUUUCCAUUUGAAAAUAAUGAAUUUUUUGAAUACUAAAGAAGAAAUACCCAGACAAGGCUUUCAGGGUAGUGUGGUGAACACCUUUUAGCUGAAUUCACAGUCAGAAAUGCAAGAUUGUAUCUCCAGUCAAUUGUACACCCGAGACUUUAAUGGAUUAGUAAACUGGUAAACACUGCUAAACAGGAGUCCUGCAGGUAUCUGUCAACUUGUGUUUUAAAUGUAUAGUAGUUUUUUUUUAUUAACAGAUAGCAGUGUUGCUUUUUCAAUCAUAUGAAAUUACAGAUCUCCAAUAGAUGUAAAAUUGUAAUUCAAUUAUUAUAAUCUGAAAAUUACAGAAAAGGACAUUUUCAAGUAACAGAUAGUAAAUUACAUCUUAAACAGCUGUAUUGCUAACAUUUACUUCAAAAACAUAAAGACUCCUAUGUGGUUUAGUUAUUUAUUGAAAAUCCUAAUACUGUAUGUCUUUUAGGUUUGACUGAACAUUCAACUUGAGUCACUGGUACUAAUUUUGCAUAGUUUAUAGUUCACAAGUUGAAAAUAUUGGUGAAUUCUGGUCAUUUUAAAUGUAUUCUAAUUAAUUGACCAUCUCUAAUCCACUAAAUCCAGGAAGCACAGUGAAUUCAGCUACAAUAGAUAAUUUUGUCUUGCUAGAUUAUUUUUGUUUCUAGGUAGGCAGUGAAAAGGGGUUUGGGAAAGAAUGCUACUUUGUUAGGUAUUGUAGCAAUAAAUGAAAGCAUUUUGAUGUUAUGAUCCUUACAGUACAUUGUAUGUUCUAUUUGUUCUGGGUGUUUUGCAUGUUGUCCCACAAAAUUUAAGUAUUUGAGUCAUCUGUGUUGUGGAUUGGGGAUUUUCACUGAUUGUUCUGGGGUUCUAUUCAGAGUGUACUGCUGAAUGCAUUACAGUACAUGUGAGUAGAGAGACAACAGUUGCACCACUUCUGUAACAAGACAAUAAAACAGAUAUUUAACUGCUACUGUUACAUCCAAGAGUAGCAAGUGGUUCUUUCUGUAACAAGUGAAGUUCAAAAAGUGUCAUUUUGAGUUGAUAAGUAAAGGGGGUAUUUCAGUCAUUAUUUCACAAUUCACUAACGAUAACGAUAUGUGACAUUAUUACAAUAAUACUUUGAUUUGUGUUCAAUUAGAAAAUGCUCCAUGAAAACGUUAACAGAAAAUAGUACUUGUUACGAGAGGCAAAGUAUUUAAAGAAGAGCGCAUAUGGUUGGCACUUGUGGAAGAGGUUUGUCUGUAAUAUGAUGAAGGAACAUGACUCUCCUGUUCACAAUACUUAAAACGACAUUCUAAGUGACUAAAAAGAGUGUUGUGGACUUUUACCACAACCCUUAAAUGUAAAGCUGAGUCAGAUAAGAAGAGGAUAGCUUGUAUUAAUCUUUCAAGGUAAAUACCAGCACUAAACAUAAAAUUGUCAUCAUGACUUACUGCUGUAUGAAGAAAAGCAAAAUAAUAUGACAUGAAUUUGUUUCUGGCCUAGAGGUCGUUUUUAGUUCUUCUUUUCCCACGAGCAUAGCAAAGCUGUGAAUUUGAAAUGAAAUUGCAGCCGCUAGGGACUAUAAUACUUAAUCCCACUAUACCUACUGUAAAUUACCACAAAAGGAUAAGGAUAAAUAAUCAAGUGCCAUAGUUGAAGCAGAGAAGUCUUAAAAACUGUACUGGAAUAAUGCUUUACUGUCAAAUCCUGCUUUACUAUCAAACAUGAACUUCACAAUUAAUUAUAAUGUAUCAUAAUUAAAUUUCCUAAUUACCAAGACUUUGUGUGUUCUCAUCCCUUUGUUGCAUUUGAAGAGAAAUACUGAAUUGAUUAAUUUAGUUGAAUUCUGUAUUGUAAUCUUUUGUAUACAUUUUUUGUUUGUUGGGGGGAAAAGGCAAAUUACAACAGUGUGUUAGAAUUCCAUAUAUAUUUGUCUACUGUGAAUUGAUUGUAAUGGAGCCUUUAACCAGCUGUGGUUUCUUCUGCACUAUAUUAACACCAAUAGCAAAUGAAAACGCCAUCUUUUCUCCCGUUCUGUUCCUUAUGACUUUCCAAAGACCAUUAACUGAAUGUUCAGUUAACACUAGACAAAUAACAUCAUUAUGCAAGAGGAUUGUCAAUUCAAGCUGAAAGUUCUGUACGAGUGAACAAGUUAUUUAAAAACAAAUAUAUAAUCAAUUUUAAGAGUUGAUUUCAAACCUAUUUUGUUUUCGCACUAAUGAUUGAUGGCCCUACAGUAAACUGCUAUGUUUCCAUGAUUCACUCUGACGUAAUCCAACCUUUGAAUAUUUAUGCAUAUAUAGAAGUGGCUUCUCCAGGGAAAAUUAUUUUGAGUGAUCCGUUUUAUCCUUCUAAACAGUAUUAAGCAGAUAUGUGUAUGUCACAAAAGCAAAGUCACAGAGGGAGUGUAAAAUCUGCAAGAUUGCAAUAAAAUCUGUUCGAUCAGUAGGGUAUUAUAAUGUUAGGCUGUUCUUCUAUGAAUUUUGAAAUUCACUUGAGAAGUUAACUAUGGAAGUAUACAAAACAUUCACAAAAAUCAAAGAAUACUAUUUUAGCAAUAUUUCUGUACAGUUGAACAUUCUGUAAAUGUUACCACAGGUGUUGGUGGCUUUUUUAUAAAUAUGAAGUGUGUAAAAUUAAUAUAAUUGAUUAAGACUUUGCCAAGUCUUUUUAGAAAAUAUUUGAGCUUGAUUAGAAAUAUAUAUUUUCAUAUUUGUAAAAGGGACUAAGUAAAGCUGUUUUGUUAUAGCUCCCAUGUCUUUGAAAAAAAUAUUACAAAAAUACAUUUGCCUUUAUUAUCCAUAUAGUCUUGAGUGUUGCAGAUAAAAAUAUUUAGUCAAUUCCUUUUACUUAAAAAUUACAGGCCCAGUGUUUGGAGAUGGGAUUUUUGAUAAUACAUGCAUAUUAUUUUACUGAUUAAUGUUGGAUACCCUGUUAUCAAUUAAGUUUUAAUCAAAUUUUGAUGUACCCAGCAAGGUGACAGUUUUGGUCUUGUUUUUUUUCAUUUGUAAAUACAAAACUUAAUUAUGUAAGGCAUCUCAUGUUUUACAUUACUUUAGAAUGUAAAGUUUAAUUUCAUUUCUGAAAACGUAGGUAAAUAAUGUUAGUUGAUUUUCUAAUGCACAGAAAAUUCUGAAUGUUUGCUGUAAAUGACAAUCAAUGUUUGUUUUCUUUAAUU